AUGUCUACCACGGAAGAAGAAUCCACCGAUUGUAUUCAGGACGGUCUAGAGGAUGGCAAGAACCAUAUUUUCCUGAAGGCAGAAGCCACAGAAGGGGAAUUAGAGCGUGCUAGAAUUGAACGGCAGAAGUCAUUUGAAGGGCAUCGAAAGGCGCUUCCGCUGAAGGUCGAAGUGUUGACACUGAACUACCCGGAAGAAGAUCUGGAAAAAAUUGAUGUCCUUCGGGGUCACCACAAUAUUGAUAGAGAUGAAACUGGAAAUGCAUCGACGCCCUAUUGGGUGGUCAGCCAGACCGCCACGAGUUGA